UUUGCCAACACAAACGUUUGAACGAAAUGCAAGUUUCUGAAUUUUGUCCUUCCAUUCUAUGAACCAUAUUUUCUGAGUCUCAUUGCUUCUACUCCCUCUUUCUCUCUGUAGUCUUGUAUUUCCAUUUUCUAGUAAUUAUGGCUGCUCUAUCUUCUUUGUCAUUCUCAGCAAUGAACUCACAGAGAAAAUCAACUCUUCCUUCUACUCGUUUCCUUGCUUCCAGUUCUGAUAUCUUUGGAAUUCGGACAGAUUCCUCGUACCAUUGUGUCGGUGUUCGAGCUGCCAAUUCGGCAACUAAAAUGGUUGUCCAAUGCAUGUCUUCUGUUACAGAUGUUCCUAGUGUUUCUGAGACAAAGUUAAAUUUCCUAAAGGCAUAUAAGCGACCGAUCCCGAGUAUCUAUAACAAUGUGCUGCAGGAGCUCAUUGUCCAGCAACAUUUGAUGAGAUACAAGACAUCAUACCGUUAUGAUCCUGUAUUUGCUCUUGGUUUUGUCACUAUAUAUGAUAAAUUCAUGGAAGGUUAUUCGAGUGAAGAAGACCGAGAGACCAUCUUCAAAGCUUACAUUAAUGCACUGAAGGAAGAUCCAGAGCAAUACAGAAUAGAUGCAAAAAAGUUGGAAGAGUGGGCUAGGGCUCAAAAUUCAUCUUCUCUGGUUAAUUUUUCAUCCAAAGAAGGAGAAGUUGAAGGGAUUUUGAAGGAUAUUGCAGAAAGAGCAGGAGGAAAGGGCGAUUUUAGUUAUAGUCGUUUCUUUGCGGUAGGCCUUUUUCGCCUUCUUGAGUUGGCAAAUGCAACAGAACCAACAGUUUUAGACAAGCUUUGUGCGGCUUUGAACAUCAACAAAAAAAGCGUUGAUCGGGACUUAGAUGUGUAUCGUAUGCUGCUUUCCAAGCUGGUUCAAGCAAAAGAGUUGCUGAGAGAAUAUAUUGACAGGGAGAAGAAGAAAAGUGAAGAAAGGGCGGAACCACAGAAGGCUAAUGGGGCCGUUUCAAAAUGUUUGGGGCAACAACUUUCUGUUCUGUAACUAUGGUCUUCUGAAAUGAUCUCCAUGUGAAGAUUUCUUAUCCUUCACAUGAUUUGUCAUAAUCCAACGAGUCGGAUAAGCAAUAAUCAGCAUGAUUUCACAUACGGCUAAAACCACAAAUGACCCGUCCAACACGAUUUGGGCGUAUUUUGUUGUUUUUACCUCGCAGUCACCAAUGUAUUUUACAGUUCUCGAAAGAAAGCCCGAAGACAUACCUUCUGACUACAUAAAUCUUUUUCUAUAUUUCAGCAUGUACACUGAGUUGGACAUCAAUUUCAUGGUUAAAAUUUACUAUCA